AGGAGUGUAUUUUUUAUGAUUUCAAUAACGCAUUAAUAUUUGUUGUGGAAUCUUACAGUUUCUUUUAUAAAAAUUUAGCAAAAACCAUGCUUCUAAAGUCGAUACUAGGAUCAAUAAAUGUAAUUCUACUUUCAGUCAUUAUGGAUGUUCAGUGUAAUUAAAGAGUACGUCAAACGUUAUGGGAUAGAAUUGAAUUGGAUGUUCUCCGGGACCAAGAUACAGGGACUAAAGAAAAUCGAAUCACUAAGAGCCAAUGUGGUUAACCCCGAUGAGCCGCUGUUCCCCAGCAAACUAGAGCAAUUUUACUCCUUGAUCAAUUUCAACGAUGGCGAUUUGUUUGAGUUGCAUUUAAAGAUUCUGGCCGCUUUGGAAGCAUCAAAAUUGAACUCACUGUAUCUUACGUCGAAGAGAGAUCCUACUUUAGUAUAUGACAGUGACCAGAACAAGGCUAACGUUCAAUAUGAUCCAGAAACCAAUUCGAUUUCAAUCCCAGUAAGCUUGUUGCAACCUCCAGUUCAUGAACUUCGUACAAGCCCUGUGGAGUUCGCGGCGAUCAGCACUCUUAUUAGCUUUGAAUUCACCCGUGCCCUCAUAGGGCAUGUGAAGAGGUUAAAAGAAGCGCCAAUUUGUAACGAAAAUCACUAUGAGAGCAAUACCACAAUCGCAAGUAAACUACAAGACGGAGAAAGUCAGGAACCUCAAGAUGAAUGGCUGGCCUACAUCUUUGGGCUGCGGAGUUCCUUUAACGCGUACACCGAUAUAAGAUUCUUUUCAUGUGUGGAAAAUUACUCGGAAGAGCAAGUCUUUUUCCUUAGUUUCGCGAACAUGUGGUGUUCGAACACGUCGCCCAACUCUGUGAAUAAUUUGUUGCCUGGCCGGUCCGUGGUGCUGGGAACCUUGUCAAAAAUGAACGAGUUUGCGGAAGCGUGGAGUUGUCCAAAAGGCUCUAAAAUGAAUCCCUGA